GUCCAUUCCUGCCCAGCAAGGUUGCUGCCGCCGCCCAUCUCUCUCUGAACGAAGAUUGAGCUUCACCCCAGACUGAAGCUUUCUCCUCUCUGCAACAUCUGAUGUUAGAAGUGGAGGAGAUGGAAAUCUCAAUGCAACCAUGAUGUGAAGAUCUUUCAGAGUCACUAAAUUAACCGGAAUUUGACUGCUAUUAACCGGAAUUUGACUGCUAUUAACCAUAGAUGGAAUAAUAUUCAUCUGUUCUUGUCUGCUUCAGAACGUUUUAAACAUCAGUGUGACUGCAAAAACAUGGAAGCACACCAGAGAGAGCGCGUGUUCCAGUGAACUGAUUGUGGAAACAGCUUCAACCAGUCACAGGGCCUGAAAAAGCAUUGCACCAUUCUGUGUGGGUAAAGACUGUACACGUUUGUGCAUGUGUACGUGAGAGAAAGGCUUCAGUUGAUUGUUGAAGCUACAGGCACACGAGAACAUCCUCAAUAUGGAGAAGCCAUGGAACUGCGAGGACUGUGGGAAGGGAUUCCAUUCGCUGUCAACGCUGGAAUUUCAUCGGCGCGGUCACACCAGGGAGAAGCCGUUCACCUGUUCGGAAUGCGGGGAGAGAUUUCCUGACUCGGCCUCCCUGCGCAAACACCAGCGCGCUGCCACCGGAGAGAGGCCGUUCACCUGCUCGGAGUGCGGGAAGAAAUUCCGUGAGUACUUCACCCUAGUGAGACACCAGCGAGCUCAUGCUAGGGAGGACCCAUCCGCCUGCUUGGAGUGCGGGAAGGUAUUCGCUCAGUUAGCCAGCCUGCGCGCACACCAGCGGAUUCACAACGGGGAGAGGCCAUUUAGCUGCUCCGAUUGUGGCAAGGAGUUCAGCCAGUCCUCGAACCUGCUGAGACACCAGCGAAUCCACACAGGAGAGAGGCCGUUCAGAUGCUCCAAAUGUGGGAAGCGGUUCAGAGAUUCGUCUGCCCUGCAGAAACACCAGCGGGUUCACACUGGGGAGAGGCCUUUCAUCUGUUCCGAGUGUGGAAAAGGAUUCACUCAGUCAUCCAGUCUGUGGAAGCAUAAGAAAGUUCACACCGGAAAGAAACCGUGGAAAUGUGGAGACUGCGGGAAGGGGUUCGGUUACCCGUCCCAGCUGGAAGUUCACCGGCGAAGCCACAACGGCGAGAAGCCGUUCGCUUGUGCGGAUUGCGGGAGGGCAUUCGCUCAGUUAUCCAGCCUGCUGAAACACCAGCAGAUUCACACCGGGGAUAAGCCGUUCGCUUGUGCCGAGUGCGGGAAGGGAUUCGCCCGUCCCUUCGGCCUGGUGAAACACCAGCGGGUCCACACCGGGGAGAAGCCGUUCUCCUGCUCCGAGUGCGGGAAGCGGUUCACUCAGUCGUCCAACCUGAUCUCGCACCAGCGGGUCCACACCGGGGAGAGACCGUACACUUGCUCCGAGUGCGGGAGGGGCUUCACUCAGUCUUCCUACCUGCUCAUCCACCGGCGGGUUCACUCCGGGGAGAGACCGUACACCUGCAGCGUGUGCGGCAAAGGGUUCUCUCAGACGUCUCACCUCCUCAGGCACCAGCAGGUUCACACCGAUGAGAGGCCUUUCAAAUGCCAGGACUGCGGGAAACGCUACAAAGGCUCCGGGGAACUGAAAUCCCAUCAACGCAGACAUCACGCCGACAAGAGACCGAUCAGGGACUCUGAAGGGAAGGAGUUGCGGACGGGGUGUGCCAGCUCACCGAGGCCCGCUGCCCGUGGCGGUGCCAAGCCAUGGAAAUGCCCGGACUGCGGGAAAGGCUUCAAGGCGCCUUCCGAGCUGGAGAGGCACCGGCACGGGCACACCGGCGAGCGGCCGUACGCUUGUGCUUCGUGCGGCAAAGCCUUUGCCGUCUCCUCUUCGCUCCGGAAGCACCAGCGGGUCCACAGCGACCGGAGAGACUUCGCUUGCCCCGAGUGCGGCGGACGCUUCAAGAGCUCGGACGUGCUGAGGCAACACCAGAGCAUUCACACCGGCGAGACGCCUUAUGGUUGCCCGGCGUGCCUCAAGGCUUUCCGCACGGCGUCCCAGCUGCGGACGCACCGGAGGGUCCACUCGGACGAGAGGCCUUACCCGUGCCCGGAUUGUGACAAGCGUUACAAGAGACCUGAGGAGCUCCGGCGCCACCGGCGCUCCCACACCGGUGAGAGGCCUUACCCGUGCGGCCAGUGCGGGGCUAGCUUCCGCCGCUCCGCCGACCUGCUCCAACACCAGCGGACCCACACUGGCGAGCGGCCGUACGUCUGCACCGAGUGCGGCAAGGCCUUCGCUCAGGCCUCGCACCUGAGGAGCCACCGGCGGGUCCACACCCAGGAGAGACCCUUCCCGUGCCCGGUUUGCUCCAAGCGCUUCAAGAGCUCGCAGGAGCUGACCUGCCACCGGCGGGUCCACACCGACCUCCGGCCUUACCGGUGCACCGAGUGCGGGGCCGGCUUCAGGCAGUCGGGUGACCUGGCCCGGCACCGGCGCACCCACACCGGGGAGAGGCCGUUCGCCUGCCCCACGUGCGAGAGAAGCUUCACUUUCUUGGCCAAUUACAUGAGGCAUCGGCAGCUUCACCCGUAG